AUGUGUGAUAUCAAAGAGUUUAGGGUCGACAUCGUACGCGAAGAGGUUGAGCGCUUGCGAAGGAAACUCAAGGAGUUUAGCCUCCCGAGUUGUCCUGAGCCAUGUGAUGCUAACCGGAAUUAUGAAGAUGAGCCCUCAACCGCGGCAUUUCUCCAAAGUCGUUGGAUCAACGACUUUGACUGGUACGAAGCUCAAAGCGGAAUGAACGAGGUGCCGCAUUACUUGGCAAUAAUUGAAGACCUUACAAUUCACUUUGUCCACGUUCCGUCGCAGAGCUCAGACGCAAUUCCCCUGCUCGCCAUCCAUGGCUGGCCUGGGACGUUCUGGGAGUACAGUCAAGUCUGGCGCCCGUUAUCUGAUCGCGCCAACCUCGACAAUCCAUCUUUCCAUGUCGUGGUGCCAAGCAUGCCAGGUUUCUGUUGGUCCUCUCCCCCAAAGAAGGCUCAUUGGAAGGUUAAAGACAGCGCUCGCGUUUUUGACACGCUCAUGAAGAGCCUUGGGUACAACGAGUACAUGGUCCAGUGUGGCGAUUUAGUUCAUGCUGUAGGCCGCGAGCUUGGUGCAAAAUACACCGACUCCUGCAAGCUUCUGCACUGCAACUAUGCCCCCAUUCCGAUGCCAGAUGGAAUCCAGCUUUCAGAACACGAGAAGAAGGACUUCCGCAAAUAUGAGGACUGGGCACAGCGCCAUGGGGGAUUUGACGUCACCGGCAGUAUCCGACCUCAUACAAUCGCCCUAGCAUUGCAUGAUAAUCCUAUGGGAAUACUCAUGUGGGUUCUUGAAAAGUACCAGGUUGUUGGUCACUCAGAGCCCUGGAACAACCCCCGGUGGACCAAGACCAUUCUGACCACCGCGUCUCUGUACUUUUUCACCGGAUGUAUAAUGUCCUCGAUCAUGUCAUACUACGAUCCUCCGACUUAUGAGAAGGUCUCGGAUCUUCCGAUAGACGAAGACAACCGAAUCAAAGUGCCAUUUGGAUUCACCUCCUUUUCCUGGGAUACGGACGAAGCCUCCAAAAGAGCAAUGAAGCGAUCAGUCGAGCAGAAUGAGAACCUGGUCUUUUACAGAGGUUUGAUUCACCGAUGUGCCUUUGGCAAUGUACCUUAG